UCGAUGACCUGGGCUCAGCUGCUUGUAGCAUGCCUAACACUGUCUGCAAAAGCUUCCCUCAAACUGAUCAUGCUGAUAUUUUUUGUAAUCUGUACGCUAUUUCGCUUUGGCUAUUAUCUGAUGACACCGGAACGCGAUGAGCAGGAGAUGGAGCAAGCCGCACUACCAAUGCCUGAAAGCACUACUCAUCACUACGGAUCUCCAAACUGGCCACCAGUUCAGCAUCAUCGACCGUGUAAUUACGAUGUAUUUGGCGUACGAAUACCUGCAGCUGAUGAUACACCACCGUUAACACCACAGUCAACGCAUGAACCUGAAACCGGUAUGCUUCUUGAGCAUAGCAUUUGCGCCUAUCAUAAUGGCAAUCAUGAAAUAUUAGCAACCAACGUGUGGUUUAUUGGCAAAUAUUGCUGUUCUCGUGGAUAA